GUGCUACUGGAAGGAUUUUUGUUAUUUUGUACAGAAUAAAGAGUAAGGAAGUGGCUGCUUGGGGGAAAGCUGUACAAGGCAUUUUCAAAUACAGUCUUAUUUAAUUUAAUUUCACACCAACUCCUUCCAAAACUACUGACCUAAAACCCUCAUUCUAAAAUCACAGCUAUAAUGCUGAGCAGCACCUUGCAUUCUUUCAACAAACUUCCUCGUGGAACAGCAGCUCCCCACCCACUCUUGUUGCAAGGUAAAGGCUAGUGAGGAAGCAAAUUAGGUGCAGGGAGAGGAAGGGCGGUCGUAUUUCUCACUCUCACAAACACAGUUAAAAAUAAGGAACAGGGAACAAAGGGUUAAAACCUUAAACUCGCAGCCCCCCCGGGCAGGGAAAGUUGCACGUGACUGCAUGGAAGGUAUGCCGGCGGAGGGAGAAAACCUUUAAAGUGCUGCUGCAGCAGCUGCCCCUACUUUGCAAACGCAGAGCGCCUUUUCCAGAAACUUUACGAACAGAAGCGGGAGAAGACCAUGCAGAAGAUUUGGAUCCGAGGCGGGCGAGUGGUGAACGCGGACUGUUCACAAAUUGCGGAUGUGUACGUGGAGGAUGGGAAAAUCCAGGCGGUGGGGUCGCAUCUCCAGCUGCCAUCCCUAGCAGGGGUCCAGGUGAUAGAUGCCUCCAACAAACUGGUUCUGCCCGGCGGGAUUGAUCCUCACACGCACCUGCAGUUUCCCUUCAUGGGCACGCAGUCGAAAGACGACUUCUAUCAAGGGACAAAGGCUGCUGUAGCAGGAGGCACGACAAUGAUCAUUGACUUUGCGAUACCUCAGAAAGGCUGUUCUCUCAUUGAAGCCUAUGAGAGAUGGAGAAGCUGGGCAGAUCCCAAAGUCUGCUGCGAUUAUGCACUUCAUGUGGCCGUCACGUGGUGGAGCGACAAGGUUAAAGAAGAGAUGAAAAUCCUAGCCCAGGAAAAGGGUGUAAACUCCUUUAAGAUGUUUAUGGCAUAUAAAGGUGUCUAUAUGGUUGGAGAUCUUGAGUUACACUCUUCCUUUUCUACGUGCAAACAAAUUGGUGCGAUUGCUCAAGUCCAUGCAGAAAAUGGGGAUCUGAUUGCAGAGGGUGCAAAGAAGAUGUUAUCCCUGGGAAUAACUGGUCCAGAAGGGCACCAACUGUGUCGCCCCGAAGAAGUGGAAGCUGAAGCCACGCUGAGAGCAAUCACCAUAGCAAACUCGGUGAACUGCCCUCUCUACGUAGUUCAUGUAAUGAGCAAGUCUGCAGCCACGGUGAUCGCAGAUGCACGAAGGCAAGGGAAAGUUGUUUAUGGGGAGCCUAUAGCUGCCGGCCUUGGAACAGAUGGCACUCACUACUGGCAUAAGGAAUGGUCCCAUGCUGCAGCACAUGUCAUGGGCCCACCCCUGAGGCCGGAUCCUUCUACUCCAGACUUCCUGAUGAAUCUUUUGGCAAAUGGUGACUUAACUGUGACAGCGACAGAUAACUGUACCUUUGACAUCUGCCAGAAGGCUUUGGGGAAGGAUGAUUUUACCAAGAUCCCCAAUGGGGUGAAUGGCGUGGAGGACAGGAUGUCAGUUGUGUGGGAAAAAGGAGUGCAUAGUGGCAAAAUGGAUGAAAACAGAUUUGUGGCCGUCACCAGCACGAAUACAGCUAAAAUCUUUAACCUGUACCCAAGGAAAGGGAGAAUAGCUGUGGGCUCUGAUGCUGACAUUGUCAUUUGGGACCCCAAAGCUACAAGGACGAUCUCAGCAAAGACUCACCACCAAGCCAUCGACUUCAACAUAUUUGAAGGCAUGGUCUGCCAUGGGGUAGCAGUGGUGACCAUUUCACGGGGCAAAGUGGUUUACCAAAAUGGCGAGUUCCACGUUGCAGCAGGAGACGGGAGAUACAUUCCCCGUGAGCCAUUCCCUGAAUAUGUCUACAAACGGAUCAGGCAGCGGGAUCAGGUUUGCCAGCCUGUUCCUGUCAAGCGAACACCAUAUGUGGGCAAAGUGAUUGCAGUUGCUGCUGAGGGAAAAUAAACCCCACAAUACAGUUCAUCUUUGACAUGUCAAAAAAACCAGAUGAAAAUAAUUCUGUUCGCCCUGCUUCUGCAACCUACUGUGGAGCCCUAUUAGUCUUCAGUUUUGAUUUCUGUAUGAUGCUUCAGCAUUGGGAAGCAGCUGAGAUUAUCUCAAUUCAUGAAUAUUUUCCUCUGCAGUUUUGACCAUUGCUACCACUUUUGAAAGUUUACAGACAUUUAUAUUUAUAUAAAUAACUGCAUUUAUAUUACCAUGCAAACAUUUUCUGAGGUCCAUUGUGAUUUUAUAUGAGGACAUGGGGUUUGAAAUGUCUUCUGGGGUGUGACUAAUAGUAUCUAUCUUCGUAUAUCUUCAUUUAAUAGCGAUAGACGUUUUACUGCUUCUAGGAAACUAUAAUAAAGGGGGAAGACAGCUAUUGAUUCAACGAAUGAAGGCUAGAUUUUGAACACUUAAGCAUUACGUCGCCAAAAGGAGGAAAAGAGGAGAAAGAGGAGACUAAAGGGCGUGCUGAGUCACUGUGAAAUAGCUUCAAAGUGAAACAGUGCUGCCAUCUGCAGGUCAAGUGGCUAAAUACUAGACUAACCCCUUAGCUUAUUGAAUGUACUGCAUUGACUCUAUUGAUCUGAUUUAAAGGGGGAUUAUUGUUGACAUUGUUGAUCUUGAAUAUCUUUUUGCAUAAAACACAUUUAGAUACGUUGACCUGCUGUUCUUUCACAUCUAGUCCUUUUUUUUUUUUUGCUCUUUCUCCUCUCGACGCUUUUUUUGGUCUUCCCCUCCCUGCACUUUUAAUUCUCUCUCCC